UUUACAGAGCACAAAAACAUCAAUACUUCCACAAGUGACUACGUUAUAUCAUUAUUGACAUGUUUAAAUACAAAUAAAAAAGAUGCGCUUUCUGUGAAUGCACAGUUUAAAGACUCUUCAUAAAUUUGACAUGAGAACCCGGCAUACGACGCAUAUCAUUUUCCGCAUGCUUGCGAGAUUAGAAUUUCUCAAUUGACGGAAGAAGGUUGAAACAAAAUUGAAAGGAAAAAUUACUUCUGCACUAAGGCACCGACUGGAUAAGAUGAUGGGGGAAAAAACGGGUCUUUUAACCCAGCAAGAUGACAUGCAGUCGAAACUUAAAGAAACUAAAGAAGAAUGGCUAAAUGUUCGUGAUGGAACAAAAGCCCAACUACAAGCGAUGAAGGACUUCUAUGCCGAGGAAAGAAAUCCAGACGACAUACUCACAAGAACGAAGCAAGAUAAAGAGAACUUGAAGAACGAUCUCGAUACUCACAGACGUUUGGCCAAUCUUGGUUCAAACCUUAAAAUGGAUCUUGAAGUACAAAUAGAAACUAGUAAAGACCAUGUCGAAAAGAUGGCUAAACAUGGCUGUCGUGCAGCUAUGAAGUUUCCAAUACUGGGUGCAUUUAUUCUUGGUGGACUUGGAGCUGGUGGGGGUGCAGGUUUGGGUAAGGUAAUCCCAGGAUUAGGAGAACCAAUAGCAAUAGGAGUGGGAGCAGUAAUUGGUUUCUUCCUCUUUGGUCUCGUGGGGUUGAUUUUAUUUCUAUGCAUGAAGAGAAAAUACGACAGACAAUUACAAACGUGGAAGGACAUUGAAGUCUUAAAUGAAAAAACUUUAGGGAUGAUCGAGGAAAUGGGGAAAAAGAAAAGUUAUCUCAGGGAAAUACAUCUGAAGCUUGGAGAAGUUCAUCGUAACAACAUGAAAAAUGCACUUGAAGCAUUAGGUAGAGAUAUAGAAAAUUACCUUCAAGUGCCUUCAAUUGAACCAUGAACAAUAAUGCCGCUAUAGACUUGAGAUAUGCACGUGUAUUAAGAUAUAUUCUUACAAUAUUAACACUAUGUAUUAAAUAUCAUUGGCCUCCUUAAUAAAAUAUAGUUCAUUUUCUCAUUCUGUAAA